GCUUUCUCGACUCCACCAACGCCUCCAGCCUGGAAACCUUUUUGUCAGCACGAGACGGCGCGGCACUUGUUCGUCGUCAGCCUACUGUUCGACCGAGAAUGACUCCACAUUCGUCAGUGGGUACUGGCAAUCGAUGCCGCGAAUCUUACAGCUCAAGCACUGCGGCCUCGCGGCGUCGCAGCGAUGCUUCCUUUUGCGACAGGAAACGCAGGCCCCGCCCGCCUUCAGCCGCCUAGCUUUCUUGGAGACGUCGUCGUUAGGCAUAUCUUAAAAUUGCCAGUUGCGCGACCCGCGGCUGGGGGCCGGACGUUCCUUUUAUUUACAUGCGGGGCUUUCUUCUCGACCCGACAAAAGGUCACCUUUGCUGGCCUUGCUCAAUGUGAGGUACUAAUUCGCCGCCCAACACAACCCCCCUAUCCUGCGAGUCGUCUUAGCAUGGGUGGCACAGUCCGCAGAGCACUUUGAGCAUACUGACCACCUUCCCGCAAGAAUUCCUUCACAGGUCUCCCAUCGAAUGAACGGUACUUGUCUUGAACGCACGUUGACCACCCUGGUUCUCCUUAAUCCGACCAACUGGAACCGCGACAACAAUCGGGCGGACUAAUUGCGCCGUUAUCCUCCGGACUUUGAGGUCACCAAGCGUGAUCCAGAAGGUCUCAGCCAUCCGGCUGGACGUGCCACUGUCAGCAUGGUUCUGAGACUGUCAUUCGCCUGCUGGGACUACGAUCGGAUGAAGGCUUUGGAGGACGGUAGGGUGCGACCACAGGGUAUUGAGCUCACUUUUCUCAAUUAUCGUGUCGAGGAGACCUUCUUUCGACAGCUGCGAUUCCAAGAAUUCGACGUUUGCGAGCUCAGUCUUUCCUCUUACGUUCUUACGCUUAAUCAAGAAAAUCCCCCCUUCAUUGGCAUUCCGGUUUUUCCAUCUCGCUUCUUUAGACACCAGUCUAUGUACAUCAACAAAAAUUCUGGCAUCAAGUCGCCCUCAGAUUUGCGGGGAAAGCGUAUCGGCAUCCCAGAAUAUCAGUUGACUGCAACUGUGUGGCAGCGUGGUGUUAUGGAAGAUGACUUCGGUGUUUCUGCCACCGAAGUAGAGUUCUUCGCAGGUGCCCUUGAGCCCUCGGCACACGUGAGAAAAAGCAAAGUCGCCCACUCUCUGCCCCCUGGAAUCACGGUCCAUGAGCUGCAGCAAGGCCAAAACUUGUCGGACAUGCUCGAGAAGGGUGAGCUCGAUGCCAUCUUCAGCGCAUCAAAGCCUCCCUGCGUAGAUCGCUGUGACCACUGCGACAACCUGUUUCCCAACUUCAAGGAGGUUGAGGCGGAGUAUUAUCAGAGAACGAAGAUCUUCCCGAUCAUGCAUGUGGUCGUAAUCAAGCGAACCGUCUACGAGAAAAACCCAUGGAUUGCCAGGGAGUUGCAAAAGGCGUUCGCCGUGUCUCAGAAGUACGCGUACGAGGCCCUGAUGGAGCGAGCAGCAUUGCGCUACAUGCUCCCUUUUUUGGAAGACCAUGUCAGAGAGACCAAGGCCCUCAUGGGCGAAGACAUGUGGUGGAAAGACGGAUUCUGGGAGAACAAGCACGUGUUGGACAAGUUCUUGGAGUAUCAUCACAAACAGGGACUAUCCAAACGCCUCAUGCGGGCUGAAGAACUUUUCGCGCCGAACACCCUAGAGAGUUUUGUGAUAUAAUGCAGUUUCAUGAAGGGCCUGAAUAUCGUGCAAGACUGCUCCUAUGAUCUGGCGGUCAACAACUGAUGACGAAAAAUGAAGCGAGAAAAAAAAAAGCAAAGAUCCUGGCUCUCCAAUUUUCUGCUUCUAUCCUGCACAAUCCAAUCUGCGAUCGAACCCGCAUAAACACAAAAUCAGAUCUAGGUACUAAUUUCCUCGUUGCUAUCGUAGAUUAUUUUCUGUUAUGGCUGAUUUUGCGCCGAAAUGAAGAAAUUGUAUUAACCCCUGGUUCUGCG